AUGGCUGGCGCUUAUCUCUGUUUAAAGGGGUACUUACCAAGAUGCACCUAUCGUACAUCUUCGCCUUCAAUCAAUCAUCAUGGCUGGUUCACCUUACCAUCAAAUCAUCGCUCGUUCUCCACCUUCCUAGUGAGCCCGAGGGACCUGCAUAAAGCUCUUAGGAUAAGCCCAUCCAGCAUCUCCCAAGAACCUCGAAAACCUCGAAUAAUCCCCCUAUGCGCCACUUGGUUCCCAGAUGAUGACUCCGAGGGUCGCACAGGUAUCCAGGCCUUCCGCGAGAAACGAAUCCCAGGAGCUCGCUUUUUCGACCUCAAUAGGGUUAUUAAUGCGCAUUCACCCUAUCCCCAUAUAUUACCUGGGGCUGUGGAUUUCGCUGCCUCAAUGAGCGAGCUGGGCAUUCGUAAGGAGGAUACCCUGGUAGUAUAUGAUGCUGAGAAGCUUAGUAUUUUUUCGGCACUAAGGGUGGGUUGGAUGUUAAAAGCUUUCGGCCACCCAAAGGUGCACAUCCUCAAUAAUUUCAGGCUAUGGGCUGAACAGGACCUACCGAUAGAAAAUGGAGCAAUACAUGACUUCGGACCUUGCACCUAUCCGGUCCCUAUGCCUGGUGAAGCAAAGCUUGCUAGCUUUGAGGAUGUUCGCGAAGCGAACAUGUACUAUAAUAAGGACUAG